AUGCCGAGCAGGCGCUGGGCUGGCUGGAGCUACCCUCAGCUGCAGAGCGAGGUGGGCAGCCGGGACGGGGCUGUGGCGGGGGGGCGCUGGGUGGAGGGGCAGAAGUGUCUACGGUUAAAUCCAGAUGUUCCUGUAUGGGUUUCCAAACAGCGCAUUCUCUGCACUUUGAACCACAGCCUGAAGGAUGUUCUGAAUUAUGGACUAUUCCAGCCAGCCUUCAACGGCAGGGCUGGAAAGUUUCUGGAUGAGGAGCGCCUGCUGAGGGAGUACCCCCUGAACCCAGACACUCCUGUCCCCUACUUGGAGUUCCGGUACAAAAGGCGUGUGUACACCCAGAGUUUGCUGGAUGACAAGCAGUUUGCCAAACUCCAUACAAAGGCAAAUCUGAAGAAGUUCAUGGAGCACGUGCAAAUGCUAAAUGCGGAGAAGGUCUGCAGACUCCUGGAGAAGGGCCUGGACCCCAACUUUCAUGAUCCGGAUACUGGAGAAUGUCCCCUGACAGCGGCAGCGCAGCUGGAGCACGGUGCGGAGAUGAUCAAAGCGCUGCGCAACGGGGGAGCUCACCUGGACUUCAGGACGCGGGAGGGGAUGACAGCUCUUCACAAGGCCGUCCGGUGCCGCAACCACGCUGCCUUGCUGACGCUGUUAGACCUGGGUGCCUCCCCAGACUACAAGGACAGCCGAGGACUAACUCCUCUGUACCACAGCGCCAUGGUCGGGGGGGAUCCCUACUGCUGCGAGCUCCUGCUGCACGACUACGCCAGGCUGGGCUGCGUCGAUGAGAACGGUUGGCAGGAAAUCCACCAGGCAUGUCGCUAUGGCCAUGUUCAGCACCUGGAGCAUCUUCUCUUCUAUGGAGCUGAUAUGACUGCACAGAAUGCCUCAGGAAACACUGCUCUUCAUAUUUGUGCUCUCUAUAACCAGGAGAGCUGUGCUCGGGUUCUCCUCUUCCGCGGUGCGAGCAAAGAGAUUCGCAACUACAACAGCCAGACUGCGUUCCAGGUGGCCAUCAUUGCAGGAAAUUUUGAAUUGGCUGAAAUCAUCAAAACCCACAAAGAGUCCGAUGUUGUGCCUUUCAGAGAAACUCCCAGUUACACGAAGCGGCGACGGAUCCUUGGCGCAGGUGGCCUCUCCUCCCCGCGCAUGCUGCAGCGUUCGGCCAGCGACAACAACUUGAAGGCAGAGAGCCGGGCGUCCUACUCGCCGGUGCCCUCGCUCCGCAGCCUGCCCCCACAGCUGCUGGUGCAGAUGCAGGAAGCGGCCGUGGGGGGGGGAGCAGGGGAAGGCCGGCUGGGCGGGGAGGGACAGUGCCGCGCUGCCCCGCAGCUCCCCGGGGCUCCUGAGAGCGAGGAGGGUCUGCAGGGCUUCCGCGGGAGCCAGGAAGCAGAGCUGCUCUACCAGACCCCUCUCCUCUUCGAGUACGAGGAGAGUACUGCCUGCCUGCGAGGCCUCGUGCUGCCUGGCUACGCGUCUUAA